GCUCAGUUCAGUGUGUUGUCAGGCAAAAAAUAAGACAGCACUGGAAGCAGAGAUCUGCAAUGAUAAACACACAAUUGAGAGAGAGAGAGAGACUGAUCACUAAACUGGAGGAUUAUUGCUCGAUCAGACUCAUUCUGUAUUAUCAGACUAAAUGUGUUUUAUAUUAAGGUGAGUGGAUUUGUUUUGGAGAAGAAGACAUCGAUGUGUUAAGAGAACGUCUAAUGGUCGGUCGCAGCAUCCUCUCUGAAGAUAAAUCACCUCUGCUGAUGUGCUUGCUGAUGUCUUGCUACUUUCACUUUAGGGACCGUUUACAUUACAACGUUUUCAGCUAAAACUGGAAAGUGGCGAGUAAAUCUGUCCAUCAGCCUUCACAUCAGAGCUUCUGUUGUGUUGGUGAUGUAAAAUGGAUCAGAGAAGCUUCAUGCUGUCAGAAACACGUCUGUGAAGCGACAGAACUAAUGGAUAUUAAAGGUCAGGUCUGGACUGAUGAGGACUCUGAUGGUGAGAAUGAACCUGAGCAGUUUCUCUACGGCAUUCAGGGGAGCUGUGCAGCCGACCUGUACCGUCACCCACAGCUGGAUGCUGAUAUUGAGGCCGUAAAAGACAUCUAUACAGAUAGUGCCGUGUCUGUCAGAGAAUAUGGCACUAUUGAUGAUGUGGACAUCGACCUACAAGUCAAUAUCAGCUUCCUGGAUGAGGAGGUGGCGACCGCAUGGAAGGUCAUCCGAACAGAACCCAUCAUCCUGCGCCUUCGCUUCUCUUUAUCACAGUACCUGGAUGGGCCAGAACCAUCUGUAGAUGUGUUUCAGCCAUCUAAUAAAGAAAGCUUCAGUUUGGGUCUCCAGCUGAAGAAGAUCCUCAGUACAUUCACAUCCCAGCAGUGGAAACAUCUCAGCAACGAGUUCCUCAAAGCCCAGCAGGAGAAACGACACAGCUGGUUUAAAGCCGGAGGAACCAUCAAGAAGUUUCGUGCUGGACUGAGUAUCUUUUCUCCGAUCCCUAAGUCUCCCAGUUUUCCUCUGAUCCAGGACACGGUGUUAAAAGGCAAACUGAACGUUCCAGAGCUCCGAGUGAGCAGACUUAUGAACCGCUCCAUCUCCUGUACCAUGAAGAACCCUAAAGGGGAACUGUUCAGUUAUCCUCCAAACAGCCAGACUGUGGCUGUCCCGGCGGGCAGGGCCCCAGCGCAGAUCACCACACGACAGCUGAUUCAGUUGUUUUUCUCAUCCCAGGCGGGCGGGCAUUGCAAGAACAUUCCCACCCUGGAGUACGGCUUCCUAGUGCAGAUAAUGAAAUACUCUGAGCAGCGUAUCCCGACCCUGAAUGAGUAUUGUGUGGUGUGUGAUGAACAGCAUGUCUUUCAGAACGGCUCCAUGCUGAAGCCUGCGGUGUGCACGAGGGAACUGUGUGUGUUUUCAUUUUACACACUCGGUGUGAUGUCUGGGGCGGCUGAAGAGGUGGCCACUGGUGCUGAGGUUGUGGAUCUGCUGGUGGCCAUGUGUCGAGCAGCUCUGGAGUCACCCCGUAAGAGCAUCAUCUUUGAGCCCUACCCAUCUGUGGUCGACCCAAAUGACCCCAAAACACUCGCCUUUAACCCCAAGAAGAAGAAUUAUGAGCGUCUACAGAAAGCUCUUGACAGUGUGAUGUCUAUACGAGAGAUGACACAGGGCUCAUAUCUGGAGAUUAAGAAGCAGAUGGAUAAACUGGACCCAUUAGCUCAUCCAUUACUACAGUGGAUCAUCUCCAGUAACAGAUCUCAUAUAGUGAAGCUUCCUCUUAGUAGGCAGCUGAAGUUCAUGCACACAUCACAUCAGUUUCUGCUCCUCAGCAGCCCGCCGGCAAAAGAGGCUCGAUUCCGCACCGCCAAAAAACUCUACGGCAGUACCUUUGCCUUUCAUGGUUCCCAUAUUGAGAACUGGCACUCAGUUUUAAGAAAUGGACUGGUUAAUGCCUCUUAUACCAAACUACAGCUGCAUGGAGCAGCAUAUGGGAAGGGCAUCUAUCUGAGUCCCAUAUCCAGUAUUUCCUUUGGAUAUUCAGGAAUGGGGAAAGGUCAACAUCGCAUGCCCACUAAAGAUGAGUUGGUCCAGCGAUACAAUCGAAUGAACACAAUGCCACAGAGUCGACCGAUACAGUCCAGAUUUCUCCAGAGCAGGAAUUUAAACUGCAUUGCUCUCUGUGAAGUGAUCACAUCAAAAGACCUGCAGAAACACGGUAAUAUCUGGGUGUGUCCUGUGUCAGAUCACGUGUGCACACGCUUUUUCUUUGUGUAUGAAGACGGUCAGGUGGGAGAUGCAAACAUUAACACACAGGAGCCCAAGAUACAGAAGGAGAUCAUGCGUGUGAUCGGCACCCAGAUUUACUCCAGCUGAGCGGCAGAGACGAGAUCGGCAUCAUCAGAGAUGAGAUGGACACGGAGAAGAGCCAAACAUCUCCUCGUCCAUCUAGAUUUCUUCUCUCCUGUCAUCUGUAGGCAGUAUUGGACACGCGCCUCAUCCAGUGUGUGAUCCUCUCAGAAGGACAUGAGAUUAAAGAUGCAGGAGUAAACAUGGGCACUAGCGUCUCUUUGCUGUGACGGCCAACGAGGGCAGUAUAAGCCCCGCCUUUUACUCUUUCUGACCUCUCUAUGACUUCCUCCAGAGCUGCUGUCAGUCAAAACCAGACAAACACCUGAUUGGAGGAGACGGCCAAAGCGUGAGGCCACGACUCGUUUGCUUUUCAGAUCAAAUUCAAUCUGGUAGAUUGAUUGUUUCUCACACUAAAUCUGUGUAAAAAGUCAUUUCAAAGCGCUUAUUGAGGUAGUUCUGUCUCUGGAUAGUAAAUGAUAAAUCUCUGUGUGUUCUGUUGUGUUUGUAACACGCUCAUUUAUCUUUCCGACUACAGACGUGUACUAAUAUACAGACAUUAUACAAAUCAAUGUUUUUCAGUCUGGUGAGCUCUAGUUAUUCAAGUAAAAACACAUUUAUAACAGAACAGAACGAGUGUGAUGACAAUACUUGUGAUUCAUCACUUUUUGUCCAUCAGUAUCCCUUUGAAGACGUUUAGACUGGACGACACUGUCCUGGGAUCAAUUAUUGGCUGUGCCAUCUAAUGAUGAUCAAUGACAUGAUGUUUAUGAUUCCUGAACAGUAUUUGUAGAUAAUUUCCAUAAAGUUUUUGGGUGCAGAAUAACUCUUACACACACACACAUAUACUUCAGUACUGUUUGAAUGCUUUAUUAUGACUGUUUUUCAUAUCUUGAUUAUUAGUAGGGUUUACCAGAAGUCUUUAUAUCAGAUGAUCACGAGGACAGAGUCAAAUCUUUCAUGUGUUGACUUUUUUCUGUUUGUUCAGUGAUGAUGUCUUAAUGUCAGUAAUGCUGAGCGAGUGAACGCUGCUGCUGCUGCUGCUGCUGCUGUUACUGUGUGGUAACAAAUUAAAACUAAAGGCUGCAUGCUUCACAUUCAAUA